AUGAAUCAGUCCGACUCCGGUGCGGGCAGCAGCCGCCGGCAAACCAACACUAUAUCUACCGCCUUCGUGAAGCGGUAUCGAACCGAGAUCGCUGCCAGCUCCUCCAGCGUUCUCUCCACGCUCACGGCGUUCCCCCUCGACAGUGUCAAGACCCGCAUGCAAACGUACCACUACAAUGGAUUUCUCGACUGUGUCAGACACACAUAUCGCACGGAACAUUUGGGAGGGUUCUUUCGAGGUGUAACUGCGCCAAUGGCGAGCAUUGCUCUCGUUCGAACAACCUCUUUCUCCAUCUACCAGCGUUCCAAAUACAGCUACGCUGAUUGGGUCAAACGCCACUCCGGUUUUGACAUUAUUGCACAUGUCAACAAGCCAGGCUCAUACCCCAACCUCUACUCAAUUGCCUGCUUUGGCGCUGCGGGCGCCACCGCAGGAUCCGCCAUCACGUUCCUGGCAUGCCCCUUUGAGCUCACCAAGCUGAGCGCCCAAGUGUCCGUCCUGCUUGCAGAGCGGGCCGGCAACGACAAGCGAAGUCGUGCGGUGGCAGAAAGCUACCAGAACAAGGGCACGCUAAGAACGAUGAGAAACAUCAUCAAGCACCGCGGAAUUUUUGGCCUCUACACUGGCUUCGGCCUGCAUCUCCUGCGGGAUACCCUGGGGACUGCGAUAUACUUCAUGGUCUACGAAAGCGGCAAGCAUCUGGGGACUACUUUUAGCGGCGACAAGCCCGGCAGUAAUAAGCUGGCUGUGGUGACGGCGGGUGGACUGUGCGGACUUGUCUCGUGGGCUCUCAUAUACCCCAUCGAUUCAGCUAAGAGCAUCUACCAAAGGAACGCCUUACUGCACUCGAAAGGAGAGAAGGUCCCUGCCCCGAAGAUCGAGUUUUUUAAGAAACACAUGUACCGAGGCCUGGGGGUAUCCAUGAGCCGCUCGUGUGUCGUCAAUGCCAUCUUUUUCUCCUCCUUUGAAUUCAUCAAGAAAAACAUCAAGUCGAUGGACUAA